CGGAAGAGAGAUCGCCAGAGAGAAGCUACAAGCAUAGGGAGAAAGUGUGCAUAAUAAAAGCAAAACCGAAAAUGGCCAGCGUAAGACUGAUCGGUGCGGCGCUACAGCAAAAUGUGACCUUUGGACGGGCGCUCCGAUUGAAGGCACUACAAUCGCAGAUGCAUGUGCGCAGUCUGGCCACCACGCCCGCCGUCGCCAAACACAUGAAGACCCGCAUCGUCGACAACGUGAUGGUCAUCACGCUGGAUUCACCUGGUGUGAAGGUAAACUCCCUAAAUGCUGAGGUACAGUCCGAGUUUGAUGCCGUGCUGCGCGAGGUCGAAACGAACCCGGCCGUAAGUUCGGCUGUGCUGAUCUCCGGCAAGCCGGGAUGCUUCGUGGCCGGGGCGGACAUUACCAUGCUAGAGCAGUGCAAGACGGUUGAAGCGGCCACGAAGAUUUCGCACGAAGGACAAAUUCAGUUUGCAAAGCUGGAAAAGUCACGCAAACCUGUUGUGGCCGCCAUCAACGGUGUUUGUUUGGGCGGUGGACUUGAGCUGGCGCUCGCUUGCCAUUACCGGGUAGCGUUAAAGGACAAGAAAACGACCAUGGGUUUGCCAGAGGUGAUGUUGGGCCUGCUACCAGGAGCUGGUGGCACUCAGCGAUUGCCGAAAUUAACCUCAAUCCCAACCGCGCUGGAUCUUGCCUUAACCGGCAAGUCAGUAAAGGCCGACAAGGCAAAGAAGCUUGGAAUUGUAGACCUUUUGGUGAAUCCACUCGGACCCGGGCUAAAGCCAGCGGAUCAAAACACACUCGAGUACCUGGAACAGGUUGCGAUACAGGUCGCCAAAGACCUCGCCACCGAAAAGCUAAAGGUGAACCGUCAAAAGACUGGCCUAGUAGCAAAAGUGACCGAAUUCGCGUUCGGCAUCGAAUGGGUAAAGAACAAAGUGUUCGAGAAGGCACGCGAACAGGUGAUGAAGCUUUCCGGCGGUCUGUACCCGGCACCGCUCAAGAUCUUGGAUGUCAUCCGGGUCGGCGUGGAUAAGGGUCCGGAUGCUGGUUACGAGGCGGAACGGAAAGGAUUUGGGGAACUCUCGCAGACUCCCCAAUCGAAGGGUCUGAUUGGGCUGUUCCGUGGACAAACCGAGUGUAAGAAGAAUCGCUUCGGCAGGCCAGCAAACCCACCGAAAACGAUCGGCGUGCUGGGAGCCGGUCUGAUGGGUGCCGGUAUCGUGCAGGUCAGCAUCGAUAAGGGUUACAAUGUGAUAAUGAAGGACACGACGGAGGCGGGACUGGGCCGUGGUAUUGGACAGAUCCAGACCGGACUGCAGGGUGCGAUCAAGCGUAAGCGCAUCAGUGCGAUCGAACGUGAUCAGAUCCUGGCGAACCUGACCUCCACCCUGAGCUACGAACCGUUCCGUCAGACCGAUAUCGUGAUUGAGGCCGUGUUUGAAAAUAUCGACAUUAAGCAUCGUGUAAUUAAGGAGUUGGAGCAGGUGGUGCCGAAGCAUUGCAUCAUCGCCACGAACACGUCCGCUAUUCCGAUUACGAAGAUUGCUGCCGGCAGCUCUCGGCCGGAGAACGUGGUCGGCAUGCACUAUUUCUCCCCGGUUGACAAGAUGCAACUGUUGGAGAUUAUUACGCAUCCGGGGACGUCGAAAGAAACGGCAGCGGCUGCUGUUGAGGUGGGUCUGCGACAGGGUAAGGUGGUCAUCACGGUAGGGGAUGGUCCAGGUUUCUACACGACGCGCAUCCUCUCGACGAUGUUGUCUGAGGCAAUUCGACUUUUACAAGAGGGUGUUGAUCCGAAGGAACUAGACAAGAUGACCAAAUCGUUCGGAUUCCCAGUCGGUGCGGCCACCCUUGCCGAUGAGGUCGGUAUCGAUGUGGGAGCACAUAUUGCGGUCGAUUUGGCGAAGGCGUUCGGUGACCGAUUCUCUGGAGGCAAUCUUGGCGUUAUGGAGGACCUCGUCAAGGCAGGUUUUAUGGGCCGCAAGUCCGGUAAGGGUGUGUUUGUGUACUCGGGAGGUCGCAGCAAGAACCGUGAAGUGAACCAGGAUGCGCUGGCCAUUCUGAAGUCCAAGUACGCCCUCCAGUCCCGGGGUGCUAACAGCGUGGAGGACAUGCAGUUGCGUAUGGUGUCACGAUUCGUCAACGAAGCCGUCCUAUGUCUGGAGGAGAAAAUCCUUGACAGUCCACUGGAAGGUGAUGUCGGUGCAGUGUUCGGACUUGGCUUCCCACCAUUCACCGGUGGACCAUUCCGCUGGGUUGAUCAGUACGGUGCCGAGCGGUUGGUGAGCAAGAUGCGCUCGUACGCCGAUCUGUACGGUGCACCGUUCGUACCGGCACAAACUCUGCUCGAUAUGGCCAAAGAUUCGGGCAAGAAGUUUUACCCGAGCAAGUAAGGGAAGACAAUCUUAUAGGAAGUUAAGCGUUAUCGUGUUAUCAUCACC